AUGGAUCCAUCACGGGAUCAAAGUUCAAGAGUAUAUGCAGAGAUACCUAGAGACAUUUUGUUAGAAGUUCUUGGACCUUCAAAAGUUUACAAGGAAGUGAUCAAGAAAGUGAUAAACUCUACUGUAGCUGAAUAUGUUGAUAAGGAAGGCUUAAAAGUUAGCAAAGACUUGAGAGUUGAACAAAGCUUUGAAGAUCUUGAAGAUGCAUUUGAACCAGAUGAAAAAUUCAGCUUUAAUGCUCAACAUGUUGCUCGCAGGAAAUUUAGUUCUUCUCUACAUUGGAACUUCCAUCCAUCAUCCAACAGAGUUGAUGUUGCCUUCAGGCAUACUGGUGUAAGCAAUCGCAGAUGGAUUGCUUGGGCUAUCAAUCCUACUUCAGGAGGUAUGAUAGGUUCGCAAGCAAUCGUUUCUUUUCCAAGAACUGAUGGAAGUCUUGCAGUUUAUACUUCACCAAUAAUAAGUUACAGAACACGAUUGGAACAAGGAAAUCUUAGCUUUCCUGUCUUUGAUUUAUCGGCUACUAAUCAGAACAAUGAGAUGAUAAUCUACGCCAGUUUACAGUUCCAAGGAAACAUUACUACAGUCAAUCAUCUCUGGCAAGUAGGUCCAAUGUCUGGCAACACUCCCACGAUCCAUAGCGUUGCUCCAUCCAGUCCUAAUGUUAAAUCCGUGGGGAGUUUGGACUUCCUUUCGGGGAGGAUUACUUCUACAAGAAGUUCUUCAAGCACACUGAAAAUCGUCCAUGGAAUACUGAACACAGUAAGCUGGGGUAUUCUAAUGCCUAUCGGGGCCAUCAUUGCAAGGUACUUGAAAAAGUUCGAAUCUGCAAACCAUUUGUGGUUCUACUUGCAUGUCGCUUGUCAACUUCUGGCCUGUAUACUUGGUGUUCUUCCUGGAUUUGUGACUGGAAUUGUUCUUGGCUUGAGGUCUCAAGGAAUCGAACAUACCUGUCACAAAAUAAUCGGCAUUGUCCUAUUCUGUCUUGCAAUAGCACAGGUGGUCGGUGGCUUGUUGAGACCUGACAAAGAUAGCAAGUAUCGGCCUUUCUUCAACUGGUUCCACUUCUUGGUCGGUUGUUCAACACUUAUCCUAAGCGCAUCCAACAUAUUUGUAGGAUUUGGCAUUUUACAAUCUGCAAAUUUUUGGAGGACUGCCUACAUUGCUGUAUUAGGAGUGUUGGGGUUCAUCGUGUUGCUAUUGGAAUUAUACUUUUGGCACAUUAAUCGGAUUAAAGGUCUGAAGUCAGAUACCGCAGACAAGAACAAGUCCACUGGCAUUGCUGUAGCUGCAUUGGAUGAGGUUUAG